AGGACCACGCCCGUUUAUAUAUAUAAAGCUUUACAGUAUGACUUUACAUUUACACAAAGUGAAUAGAUUGUUGUGCUUCAGAAAUUAAACAUACAGACAGGAAGUUCCUAGAAGGAACACCUGACUAGAUCUACAUAAAAUGUAUACAUAAUUAUACAGUUAUACAGAGCAACAGGGACAGACUAGGUGAUAAGUGCUGUUUAGUGGCCCUACAAGUGCCUGCUCCGGUCCUGCUCAACUGAUUUGAGCCCUGCCCUUCCCAAAAUCCUAGCUACGUCCAUAUAUCUACUGCAAUGGAAACUGGAAUCAAAGUAGAGACAUCAAGGCGAUGCACACCGCUGGGCCAAAGAUGUCAGCUCCAUCUCAACCUCUUCAUUGUUGCCUUCAUGCAACUACUACUGGCCAUCAUAUUUUCCACUCCUAUCUCAUCAUUCUACCUCUUUGUGACAAGUCAACCUCCAUCCUCUAACAACACUGACGAGAUUGUGGAUUGGCAGGGCCUGGGGCAAUCAGACACCUUCUACUCCUGGGUCAUAACACUCCUUGGAAUAGCCAUCCUCUCCACUUCUCUGGUUCUAAUGUGUCUACCAUUCCUUUCAUUUUUUCGAGUUUUGAUGGUGUUCAAUUUUCUCAUCCUUAUCACAAGUGGUCUCACCUAUGCAUUAGCGUUCAGACCCUGGGUCAUCUUGGCUUCAUAUUGUAUUCGUGGUGUUGGAUUCAGCAUGUCCGAAGUGUUGGUGAUAGGUUACAUCAGUGUCACUCCCAGAUUACUGCCUCGGGUGGACAACAAGAGAAGAAUAAAAUCUACGUUCAGUGUCAAGGACAGAUAUCUUGCAAUUACCCUCAUGUUUCGAGCAAUUGGGUGGCCCAUAGGACUAGGUAUUGCAGCGCUGAUGGCACAGUACAGGGACACAGUGGACCAGUUUCGAUGGCCAGGGUGGGCUAACGCAACAGUUAGUAUUCUGUAUGCAUUUAUCUUCUUCAUCACGUUUCGUAAAGUGGAGAGUGGUACUGCCAAAGCUGGAGAAGGGAGAUCUACUACAACAUGGUGUCACUGUCAGUGUGUGUUCUUCAAGGACCAUCUUUCUACAGACAAAAUGAAGUCAACGCUCAAGAAAAUACGACUAAGAAAUGUCUUAGUGUGCGUGUACCUGGCUUUGUCUGGGCACCUAAUGACGUCCACUGGCUCUAUCCUCGGCACCCUCGUACCUCCCAUCCUUAGUGACCACUUUGGAUUUGAUAUUGACUUCAUCUCUUACUUUACACUCGGUGUCUUGGCUACUUCAUUCGUUGGUGCUAUAAUACUGAUUGUCCUAAAAUGCCUGAGGGUGAACAAUCGUUAUUUGUUUGCUGUGGUACUUGCAGCUAGUAUAUGCGGGACUGUUCUGGCAUCUGAUUGGCAGGCUAUUGGCGAGGAUCCAUGUACAUUGUCAGGUUUCAAUUCAAGCCAGCAUUUUGAACCACCUGAAGCUCUGUCUGAGCUAAGAGAUGUGUGCUUGUCUCAGAAUGGAGAUUGUUACUGGAACCAAGAUUCAGAGCUGACAGGAACUUAUUGCUCUCUUUGUCGGCCAAUAUGUCGCUCAACUUCCAUGACCAUCAACCUUGCUCAGUUCUGUGUAGCAGUGGUCCUGAUUCACCUGUCCGGACUAAUUGGUUGGACGGCCAUUUUGGGAGUGGCCACAGACUACACCCCUCAUCACCUUCGGAGUGUGGUUGUUGCACUAAUGUUCAUGAUGGAUGGUGCUUCAUGGCUGCUAACACCUCUGUGGAGUAUCUCCAUAUAUAACCUGGUAGGCAGACGGACGUUUGCACCAAUGUCAGUGUGGAGUGGGAUGCAGCUGGUCAGUCUCAUCGGACUACUGCUGCUCUACAAACUGUUGGGACCUAUCAAGAAGCCACAAAUGACUUAAAUUUAUGCCUGAUUUUUUAUUUCUUCAACAAUUGGUGCAAUAAUUAAAUGAUGUGUCACAAAUUUGUCAAGAUGA